AUGUUUGUUACACAGAUAAAAAACAUUCAGGAUUCAGUUCGGGUACUCGUCGGGAAGAAGUUUCAGCACCUGACCACCAAUGAAAGGACAAUAAUUACAAUAAGAUCCUCUUCCUGACUUAUAGCUUGGAAUGGAAUAGAAAUAAACUUAAUAGACUUUAUCCCACUAAUCUCUUCCCACUCAAACAAACGCGCCUCAGAAGCAUCAUUAAAAUAUUUUCUUGUUCGAUCAACUGCCUCCUCCGUAUUCCUAUUUUCAGUCAUCCAUCUUCUCUAUCUUCCAAUUUACUAUCACAAUUUCCUGAAUAAUUCCUUAUAUAGUUAUUUUAUCACUCAGAUUAUCAUUGUAACUCUUUCUGCUAUUAGAAGAUCUCUAGGGGACCUAAACCAAAUAUAUUUACGAAACAUCUUAGCUUUCUCAUCAAUCUCUCAUAUAGCAUGAAUAUUAUCCCCCACAUUAAUUUCAAAAACACUAUGA